AUGCCCACCCAAGGCGACAGGACACGCUCCUACCCAAAUGGCAUCUCCCCUCCUGGGCCAUUAUAUGGUCUUCCGUGCCUAACGAUCGACGACACCCUUCUCGGGUUGCGCACCAUCUCCAUCGCGUCUCAGACCUCGUUCUCACAAAGGCCGACGCCCGACCUGGAGCUUGCGGCUUGCAGAGCUUUACUGAAUGCCCGUCGACCAAUCAACACACUCCCCAUCGAGCUUCUAGUUGAGAUCCUCUUGCGCCUACCGUCCGAUGGACUUGAUGUCGCGACGACAGCGCCCAGCAUACCGCAGUGCUUUCAAUGCAUGCUCGUCUGCCGUCACUGGCGCGGCGUCAUCAUCUCCAACAGGUGUUUCUGGCGCACAAUCCAUACUGGCGAACGCACGCGCUGGCUGCAGCUUUCCCUUGCUCGGGCAGGAGAGGCGAACCUCCGUCUGAAGUUCACCAAGGCCGCCGGGUUCAUCUCCGCGCUGCCCAAACUCCUUCCCCGGCGUGAUCACAUCGAGCGUCUGGACUUCACAUGCCAAACGUUGUCCGACAUCCGAGCUCUAGCCCCACUCAUCUCCGCGCCCCUUCCAUGCGUGGCGGAGUUCGCUAUACUGUCCGGGAGUACAGGGAACUCGUCCCCUGACAUAGCAAGGGAGGACCUUUUCGUGUUCCAUCCGGAGAACUUCCCGGCACUGGUCAAGCUCAAGCUCGUCUGUGCUAGUGUCCCAUGGACUACCUCGUUCCUAUCCGGACUACGCUCGCUGUACCUGCGCAGCUGCCGGAUCUACCCCUCAGCCUUGCCUAUCCGUGAAAUAUUGAACAUUCUGCGAUGCGGGGACAAUCUUGAGGAGCUGACCUUACACGACUUCCUGAGUACAGCGUGCUCUGUGGACGAACCUGGCCACUCUUAUUCCACGGACGUGGUAAAACUCCCCCGCCUCCGCAAGCUCGACGUAUCUGACGCACCCGCGUGGAUCGCCGAGCUCGUGGCUCACAUCCAACUGUCCCCGGAGGGCGAUGUCGCGCUGACCGGUCAGGUCGAAGACCCCCAGAGCGUCUCCGGACUUGGGCUUGCGUCCAUGCUCCCUCGGAGCCUCGCUGGCGCGAGCUUCCUGCGAUCCGCGACCAGCGCCAGCCUCGUCAUGCUCGAAGGCAAACACUGGGUCGUGUGCGAGACGCCGGACCCACUGAAGGUCACGCUCCAGCUCCGCGCGCGCACCCCGCGCGUGUUGUGGACGCAGACCUUGGACGACGGCCUGAAGCACUUCAUGACGCUCUUCCGCGCCGCACCUUUGACCAGGCUCACGCUCCAGUGCGAGCUCGUCAAGGUGGCUCCAGACGUGCUCGCAGACGCGCUGGACGCGUUCCCACACCUUCAGGACUUCACCGUCGCGAGUAGCGCGUUCGGACCCGACCCCUUCCCUAUGCACCUCUGCGACACUCUCCGCGCGCGUCCGGAAUCGGAAUGGGAGAAUGAGAAGGACGGGGGAGGGGACCACGUACGAUGCGCGUCUCUCAAGGUGCUGCGCCUGGAGAAGGUGCGCUGGGAGGACGGCGCGUUCAUGAACGCGAUUGCGGACUGUCUUCGCGAGCGGGAGAGGCUGGGAGCGCCUAGGCUGGAGCUGCUGGCGAUCACUGCGAGUCGUUCGCCGGAGGUGGAUUGGAGCGAGCCCGAUGCGCGCUUUGCGGUCAUUUUGAGUCCCAUGGUUGAUCGGUACGAGUUCUGUGGGAAGGCUUGGUAG